CGAAGGACCGGCAAUCAGGAUCCAAGUACUUUGCAGCUCUUGGAUUUGACCAGGUUUCGCGAGAAUAACACUGCAGCUUAGAUCUGUGGCUAUUGGAUCUGCUUGUUGGGGUUUCACAUUUGCUUUUGUUGUUGUUUGUUUGGUUUACUUCACCUGGACCGGUGCAUCAAAAUUCUGCUCUUUUUACUACAGCAUCAGCAGCAAAUAUCAUUAGUACAUAUCAGCAGCCAUGGACUUCCGACGAUGCAAAUUUCUCGACCACCCGUCGCACUCCAUCACCGCUCUCGCAUUCAGUCAUUCGCCGUCGAAAAGCAGCGCGCCCAAAUCGCUCCGGCUGGCUGUCGGUCGCGCCAAUGGCGAUAUAGAGAUUUGGAAUCCGCGCGCGAACUGGGUUCACGAGACUACUAUAAAAGGCGGACGGAAUCGGUCGAUCGAAGGGCUUGCCUGGUCAGUCAGUAACGGCGACCUCCGUCUAUUCUCUAUCGGUGGUUCGACCGCUGUCACCGAAUGGGAUCUCAAGACCGGUCUCCCGCUCGAGCACCACGACUGCGACGCCGGAAUCGUCUGGUCAAUCGCGGUCUCGCCCGACGGCACGAAAAUCGCCGCAGGCUGCGACGACGGCUCGGUGAAGAUCAUCGACAUCUCAGGCGGCAAGGCUUCGCUCGAGCACCUGCGGAUCCUGCAGCGACAAAAGUCAAGAGUGCUCAGCAUUGCCUGGCGCUGCAACUCGCAGGUCGUCGGCGGCUGCGCGGACGGACGGAUCCGUGUGUGGGCUGCGGUUGCUUCGGCUGAUGUCGGCGAACCGAACGGGACCGAGGCGACUAGCGCGAGCGCGGUCGGGCGGAUCAUUGGCACGAUGCGAGUCGACAAGGCGCAGGGCGAGCAGACAUUAGUUUGGGCCGUGCUCGUGCUCAAUAACGGAAAGACGAUCGUCUCUGGUGACUCGACCGGCGCUGUCAAGUUCUGGGACGCCACACACUUCUCUUUGCUGCAGUCGUUCCAGGUGCACGACGCCGACGUGCUCUGCCUUGCCGGCAACGAAUCCUCAGACUCUGUCUUCUCCGCCGGCGUCGACCGCAAGAUCGUCCGCUACUCCAUCGUCGACAGCAAACUCCGCCGGUGGGCAAACAUGUCCAGCCGACUAAUCCACGCGCAAGACAUCCGCGCGCUAUCCCUCUACGAAUCAAAGUCGCUUAACUGGCUCAUCUCCGGUGGCGUAGAGCAAGCCAUCGUCAUCAACUCUGUCGAGCAUUUCAUGGACGCCGCGUUCCGAAAGAUCGCGGUCUGCCCGCAGAGACACUAUGUCCACAGUUCUGGCUCAAAAAGACUGGUCGCGCUGUGGAGCGAUAACCAGGUUAAAGUCUGGUCGUUGCGGAAGUUUGAGAAACUUCCUGGCGGUGCUGAUACCGAGCCAAAGACUAAGCGCCUGGUCGCGUCCUUGACCCUGAAUAAUGAUGAAAAUAUCACUCACGUUGCGCUCUCGGCGGACGCUCGGUACCUCGCCGUCGCUACCGCGUCAGAAGUCAAGCUAUUCCUUCUCCUUCCCUCGAAAAACGGUUUCGUCUACAAUGUCAAAAAGACCAGCUCUCCCGUUCUUGCCGACCGCGGAUGCACUCUACUCGCGUUUCAUCCCGUGAGCCAGAACCUCGUGAUGGUGAACCACGAAUCCGAAGUUUUCAGCUACACAAUAGGGCCGCAGUCGCUCGCCGAGCUGGAUUAUUCUCCGACCACUAUAUCCUCUGACGAUGACGAUGAGGAGAAAGUCAAGACUGCGCUGCCAUAUCUUGAUAACAUCAAUCACAUUGCGUUUUCCGAUGACGGAAAGUAUUUCGCGCUGGCGACGCUCGGCGGCCGGGUUGAUAUCUACGACUGGCCCACGCAGUCCCUCGUGUGGACGCUUCCCAAAAUCCCCGUCUUUGCAUCCGCAGUCACAUUCUGUCCCGACAACGACUCGAUCGUCGUGAUCUCAGCCGAGAUGAAAGUCCUGCAAUUCUCCGUGUCCGAGAAGGGAAUGACGGCUUGGUCGCGACGGAACUCGGAGUUCGUGCCAAGCGAGUUUCAUAACCUGGUCGAUAAAUGCUGCGGCGUAUAUAUCGAGGGCUCGGACGCGCCGAGUAGGCUGUGGCUCUGGGGCGCGAGCUGGAUGGCUACUCUCGACCUCAGCCUCGAUAUUCCGAUCCUACGCAUGCCGAAGCGGAAACGGUCCGGGCUCUCUGUUGACUCAGAUGACAACUCGAGCGUCAAAAGCGCCGCUUCGAUCAGCAGCAGCAGCACGCCAUCGAAACAGGCAAAGACUAACGGACUCGUCACGAACGGUAAUGGAACACCUGCUGUCAACGGCUCGCGAAAGAAAGUCGGAGGCAGCACGAACGGUACAUCAUCAAAGCUGACGAAGAAGAUCACCUCGUAAAUCCCACGACCUCCCUAGAUUUUUACUCCCCUUGUUCGACUCGUUGAUUACGCCAUGGUCCUGUCAUGUUCAUCCUAUCUAUCUCAUCCAUCAUAUCUUCCACUGUGCUUGACAUUUUGUUUUUUAAAAAGUUGGGUUUUUUUUCUUUGUUAUUCGGCUUUCUUUGUUUAGUAUUAUAAUGGACUUUUUCUUUUCAUGUUCUCUCACUCUAUGAAGAUGACCAGGUGGUAAAGGGAAUCCGCACUCGCUUGAUGCUUCUACAGUUUAGUUCUCCAUUAGUCUGGCGGGAGCAAUAGAGGUGCGGAUGGUUUGUUAAAGAGACCUCCUACU